AUGAUCGUUUUGGACCUUACUGAACGAGAUUUUCGAUCAAGUCCUUCAUUAAAUUUUUAUGUUCAACAUUGGUUUAUUGAUAUUGACAAUUUUAUUGAUUUUAUUCUUAAUUCAGUCCAUAAUCAAAUUACUCUCAUCGUUUCUCCUCUUCUGGCUAAUAUCGUAUACUAUGUUAUUCGUCCUAUUUUUCCUCAAAUUACUAGAAUUAUUAUUGUUGGUAAUUGUUUAUGUUGUUGUGAAUAUGUUGAACACUUUAAAGAUACCCAAGCACUUGUUGAUAGUAUUUAUAUUAAUAUUCAAGAACGACGACGUCUGUAUAUUACAUUCGAUUCAUGGCCAAUCGAACGAUCGACUCUUGAUUUAAAUUUAGAUACAGCCAGAUUUCUUUGGUACAAAUAUUAUUUCAAUAUUCUUUCACGUUUACAAAAUACAUCUAUAGCACGAUGUGAAAUGUUAGAAUCUGUACGAGCAUUUCAUAAGAAACAAAUUGAUACAGUUAAAAGAACAUGUGAAGAAUUUGAAAGAACGUAUAAUUCAAAAGAUAUUUUGCGAUGGUAUACACGAAAUUCUUUUUGUUAUCUUCUAUUAAAUCGAACACUACGUUCAGAAGAUAUUAAUCAUAUUUUUGCUAUGCGCUAUAUUAUAUAUGAUCUAGAAAAUUGUUUUACACGAAAUUACCAUGAACAAACAGAUGAUCAGAUUGAUAUUGUAUAUCGUGGUCAACAAAUGCAUCCAAGUGAAAUUCAAAAAAUAGAUAUGAAUAUUGGUGGCUUAAUUGGUCUAACGGCUUUUUGGUCGACCACUCGCUCAUUAGAAAAAGCAUUCCAUUUCACUGAAAUAUGGCCACGAAAUCGAUCCGAUCCAGUCGAACGUGUUCUUUUUAAGAUUCGAAUUCCUCCUGAUAUCCAACAAGCUGUUUUUAUGGAUAUAUCAAAAUUUAGUACAAUUGAAUGUGAAUUAGAAGUUCUAUUCUCUUUUCGUGCUCUAUUUCGAGUUGAAGAAGUGGUGAAAAAUGUACAUAAGAACAUUUGGUUUGUUGAUUUGACUCUAAUUGAUGAGAAUGAUAAUCAAUUUUUAUCGAUUAUGCAACCAUGGUAUUUAAAUACACAAAACAUUAUCAGUCAACGGUCAUUUUUUAUAUCGGAUAUUGAACUACCAAAGAAGGAUUUCUUUCGUAAUUCAACAGAUCACAGUGCUCCUUUUCUUGCUUUUCAAUUGCUUAUCGAUAUGAUGUUACGAUUAGAUCGAACUGAAUUUGCUCGUGAUGAACUUCUUGAAGUUUGUCGAGAAAGAUAUUCACAUGAUUCAAUUGAAUUACAACGAAUUGACCAUUUUGAACAAACAUAUGAUGCAAAACAUGCAAUAAAAUGGUACACAACAGAUUGUUUCAUCUAUCGAAUAAUUAAUGAAUCAUUAAGAAAUGAAAGUAUUGAUCUAAUUUUUAAAUUACGAUAUUUUAUAAAUGAUCUUCAUAAUGAACUUGCUCAAAUGCAAAGUAAUUUUCUUUCAUUAUUAUCACCAAAUUUAUCUGUUUUAACAUUAUAUCGUGGUUUAAAAAUGGAUUGGAAUCAACUCGAAGAAUUGAGAAGAAAUAAAGGAAAUCUCGUUUCAACAAAUUCAUUUUUAUCGACAACAAGCGAUUAUGAAGCAGCUUGUUUCUUUGCUGGUGAUGGAAGUGUAGAUCAGGAUGAUGUUUCAGUCAUAUUUGAGAUCUCUGUAAAUACCAAAGUGAAACAUUCAAUACCGUUUGCUAAAAUUGAUUAUAAAAGUAUUUUUGAACAUGAAGAUGAAGUUCUAUUUUCAAUUGGUGCUGUUUUUCGUGUUGGUGAGACAGAAGAAUUACGAAAACGUUUAUGGAAAGUAGAAUUGACAUUAACACAAACAGAAGAUGUACAAUGGAACAUACUCACAGCUCAUUUAAAUUCUAAAUAA